AUGGAUAAGUUACCACAGGAGCUCAUCAACAAAAUUGUCUUGUGUCUAGAGCGCUAUCCCGGUCAGUCACAGGCCCCGAUAAUUGAACAGCAGGGGGACCAGUCUAAGCUCCCACCAUAUGCGACAAUUUCUAGCCGCUGGAGAGAGGCUGUGGAAUACGUCACUUUCCAUCGUUUGUCUAUCAAGAGCCAUGAGCUGAGUCAGCUCGAGGCCAUGGUGACUGGCAAUCGUCCCCAAUACCUAAAGAGACUCUCUUUCGAGAUUACACUACCAGAGUACUCAGAAGAGAGCUGUGGACGUGUUGAGUCGAUAGAAGAACAACAAUGCAAUGACGAAGCCUUCACCCAAGCCAUCGCAGACUUGUUUUCCUUAGUGAGAAAGUGGGAAGAUGCAGAUUUACUACACGGCGCAUAUUCCCCGACCGAUCAUCGUGACUGGAACCAGAUCACGCUUGAAAUGGCACAACACAAGCGUGGGAUAGACAUUUUCGAAAAACGAUGGGUAAACUCCUACAUCCAUCUCUCCAGACCGGAAAGAAUACCCACGCUCUUGAGCAUCGUAUAUCUCCGCAUUACGGGCCACAUUUCCCGAAAGCUGGCCCCUGUAGUCGGACCUGGUCUAGCUGCAUGUCUACCCAACCUACGGAGUUUCUACUGGGAGUUUGGAGAGGUAGACGACACGUCCAUCAACGUGGAAAGCAGAGCCUUAUUCGCGAGGAUGCUCAACCAGACUAAGCUUGACAAGUGCUCUGCGGCUGAGAUUACCUUCAAUCAAGACCCUGCGGCGGACCAACGCGUGGCAGAACCUUCGCGCAUACCAAUAGGCGCACUCUACGAUCCGUUCAGCGUAUCUCUGCGUAGCUUUUCGCAGAACCUGACUUCCCUUGUUCUGAACGGCUUUGUCGACUCGACUAUUUUCUGGCCUUCAAGCCUUGAGAAAAGCUCUGUGCUCAGCUGGCCGGCCCUCAGGAAGCUGACAAUCUUCUUCAACAUGGCCGCCCCGUCUGGGGAGUGGUACUUUGACGGAACACCACCAGGUGAGAUUGAGGAGCAGUGGGGCGGCAAUAUCGUGCAAUUCCGCGACCGUGAAGACGCAAAGACCUUAGAUCCGUUGAUCGCGGCUUUCGCAAAGGCGGUCCAACAGAUGCCGGCCCUAGAACAUUUUCUGCUCGAAACGGAGCUUGGCCACGACAUAGGCUACUGGGAGAUAUCGUACUAUGCGCCUGGAAUUGAAGAAGAUGGGCACGAUAAUGAAGAUGAUGCUAGCGUGCGGCGGCUCUACUAUUCCGUCGGGGAAGUAUGGAGGCCAGAUGACUUCAUGGCAGAAGCUUUUCGACGUAUCGGACGGGAUCGACAUGGGCCGGAGCUGAUUGAAAGGUUUUAUGAGCUGGGUAGCAGGACUUGGCCGCUUGAUUCUCCGUGGAGCUGGUUAUGA